UCGACUAAUUCGUCACUUAAUAUCAGAGUGAAAAGGAGAAAGAAAAAACAAAUCCCAGGACAGCAGCAGGGCGACAUUACAGCCUCCAAACUUUUGCGCUUUAUUUGCCUCAAAUUUGCGCGACGCGGAUGUCACAUAUGGCCACGAAUAAGGUGAAGGGAAACUUUUAUUGCACCAGCUACUUCCUUCUCUUUGUUCUUGUCUCUUUUAUGGGCUAUUCAGGAUCCAAACAACAGACACAAACAGUGUUGCACGUUUAGGCUGCAAGUAUUCACCCCUAUUGAGGAAAUCAAUGAGGGUGGACCAAUAGGCUGCCGUAGCCAGAGCGACUGCGUUUGAACAGACAUUUUCAAUAACUUUAUUGAUUAUUUCAUUGGUAUAUAUUAUGGCCUGUUUCGAAAAGCCGAGAUAAUGUGAAGUUUAUCGUUUCAAAUGAAUGCGUGGAGUCUAUUUUUCACUGAGUCAAUAGGCGUCUGAGUUUUUCAAAAUAAAAUGCCACUGGGGUAAAAACGCGUAAUCGUCAACAUUUACAAAAAGUAAUUUAAUUAUGUUGAUUACAGGAAAUCUGAGAAUGAGAGACGCUGUCUUCUACAACAUCAUCAAUGAGUUUUUUUUUUUUUACGCGUUUCGAGGCAGCACAUUUCGCCCAGACAAGCUGCUUAAGUUUUGCUAGAUUUUUUGGGCAAAACACCUCCAAAGUAAUUUCCAAAACCCAUCAUUUGCUGCUGAGAUAAUUAUCGGUUCUCCUUUCCUCUGUGUGUGUCAGAGGAAUGUAUGAUCAGAACAGGAAGGGAAAAAAAGACUGGAACAUCUGUAUAAGCAUUUUAACACGUUGCAAUUUUUUACUGUAAUUCAAAUCUUAACUUCUGCGCGUCAAAUUAAAAGUAUAUUCUUAUUGUAACGAGUUAAAUAGACUGUACCUGAGAGCCCUCAGCCCAGAGUGAACACCGGGGGACAGUUGACCUGUAGAGGAUUUUGUCUGGCGUGUUCUGGACAGUCGAAUAAUUCAUUGUUAUUUUUUUCAAUAGAGUGGCAGAAAUUAUCUUCUCGGACGCAUACACUUCUUUCCCCCCCUCCACAUGCUGUGCAGUGCUCUCAUUUCUGAGCUUGGGAGAUUGCUGCUCGUGUUGCAGGGGCUUUGCAGCAGCAGCAGCAGCAGAGAUAGUUGUUGGUGAGCUGGGGAACGUCACUUGUUUUAUUGCCCUCACAGAAGAGAGACCAUAAACGCAUUCUUACCACCUACACCCUCCCCCCAGUCCACUGCAAAGAAAAAAAAAAGAAAAAAAGCAUGGAAAUUGCUCACAUGCCAGAUAAUUCAUACACAAUGGAAACAUUAACAGUAUGUUGGAAACUCGUCGAUAUGGCUGAGAAUAAACAGUAAAUGCCAAUAUCCAUUUUAGUCCCCACACAAAAGGCUGCUCGUCCUGCGGGAUGGGAACAUGUAGAUUGUAGAUAUUAUAUGCCCCAAUAUCUCUGCAGUGGUGUUGUGAAAUUAAAAAGUGAGUGAGUUUGGAUACACACACACACACACACACACACACACGCAUACACACACAUGCACAGACACUCAGACACACAUAAUCACUCACACACCAUACAACAUCUCAGUAUCACAGAUAAGGGUUUUGCAUUAUAUCUCAGUAAAUGGAUUUAAUAGCUAUGAUCAGCCUUUAAGAUACAUGUAAAUGCGAGUUCUUGUGUAUUUAUAUGCAAAUCUUCCGCCUUCCUGUGCUGGGAAUGUGCUCCCUGUACUGAAUGACAUUGGCCACACUUUGCACCACGCUUCCUCCUCAAACACCACAUCUCUUAAAACUUCACGUCCAAAAUGUCUCAAACAGCCGAGCCUCGUAUAGCGUGCCACUCCAACUCUACGUUGUGUUUAUCGGCAUUUAGCACUAAUGUUCAAGCUCUGAGCUAAAAGCUACAGUUUCUCCUCAACUCCUGCCUCUCAAUUGGUGGAGAAUGGUCAGCUGACAUUGUCAUAUUGUCUCUCACCGAGCCAAGCCUCGGCUAUAACACUCGGGUUUGUGCGUCUUAACCGGAGAUUGGAAAUUAAUAAUAUUGAAUCCUGAAAGUAGCCCACGUCCAGUUAGGGAGGCAGAAAGUCGAGGAAAAAAAACAGAAGACCUCGGAGAAAGGUGUGGUUGGUUGACACAGACGGGAAGAGAGAUUUACUGAGAAGGAGAUUAAAAAGAGACCGAUAAAGAAGUGGGGAGAGUUGGAGAGAGGGUUACAAGCAAGGUAUGAAUUCUUAUUUCGCAAACCCGUCGCUCUCCUGCCAUUUAUCCGGUGGUCAAGAUGUUUUGCCCAACGUACCCCUAAACUCCACCACCUAUGACACAGUCAGACAUUUUUCGUCGUACGGCGCCGCUGUGACCCAGAAUCGGAUAUAUACACCUUUCUACUCCCCUCAAGAUAACGUCGUCUUUGGGUCUGGCAGGGCACAGUACGAGUAUGGAUCAAACGUGUUUCUUCAAGACAAGGACGUGCUCCCCAGCUGCAGACAAACAAACAUGGGACUCAAUACACAAAGCCACAUUGCUCAAGAGUACAGUUUGGAUCAAGGAAGAGCAGGAGCGCAGGAGCAGAAAAGCAACAUCCCGAUCUACCCGUGGAUGCAGCGAAUGAACUCACACAGCGCAGGAGUGGGCUACGGGACAGACAGACGCAGAGGACGUCAGAUAUACUCUCGCUACCAGACGCUAGAGCUGGAGAAGGAGUUUCACUUCAACCGCUACCUGACCAGGCGCAGACGCAUCGAAAUCGCAAACGCGCUUUGUUUAACGGAGCGGCAGAUCAAAAUCUGGUUUCAGAACCGGCGCAUGAAAUGGAAGAAGGAGAGCAACCUGACCUCCACGGUGACUGGAAGUGAACAGACAGGAGCCUCUCAAGAGGAGGAACGCAGCACUGGCGCAGCGGAAGAAGGGAAGGAUGAGGACAAGAAGAAAGAAUAGUUGAGAAAAGAAGUGGGGGGGGUGGAUGAGGAAGAAGAAAAAACACCCGAUGACCAUUAAAACCCAACAUAACUACCUAAAAAAAAUCUACAUGGACUUGAGAGCGACUUCACUGCAUGAUGGCUACCCCGCAGCUCUCCCACUUAUAUCUCAUGUUGACCACAGGAGUGUUGAGCCUUAGAAAUCCAAAUAAUUUCAGCCACAGUAUGGCCCCCUGUGACAUUUGGAGCGCCGAGGUUUAUUUUCUAAUUAUUAUUAUUUUAUUGCAAUGUCACACAUGUAUUGUGAAAAUAAAAAGAAGUAUUCAUUUCUGUGUUAUUUCCCAUGCCAGUAAAAAUCUGUGUAUUUAUCCCUCCCUACACACACACACACUCACACACACACGCCCCAUCCAUCACUGUGAACUCUUUGAUCACCUCACAAAAUACAGUGUUAGUCAGAGUUAACUCCCAAUACUGUACAUGCACAUUCCACGGAAGGAAAAAGACCGAGCGGACACUUCAUUUGACCACAGCGUGUAAUCUAGUACUUGAAUCCGUCCGCAGACAAAAAAUAAGUGUCCUGCAUAAAGCUGAAAAGUUGCACGGAUAGUCAACAAACCAUACACACACUCACACACACACACUCACUCACUCACAACUGAAAUGCCUGUAUAUAAUCCACGUAACAGUAUAUUAUGUAAAUCCUGUGAGGACUUAUGUGCAUUUAGCCGCUUCGAUAGACGCUGCAUAACAUACAAUUUGCGCUUAGCCCCCCUCUCUUUUAUUUUGACCAUUUGACUCAAUAGGAUUUCCUUGUGAGAUAGAUUUGUACACUAGUAAUUCUUCACUUUUGUUUGAGAGUUACAAAUUCAUGUUUUGUCAUAAUUGUGUAUCAUGGAAUAAAAUAUUUGUAAAACUUU